CGUCAUUGCUUGUAAGUUGUAUCCUUUUAACCUCCGCAUUCCUAGAAUUUACUCUAAAUACCCGUUUGUGUUUUUUUUUUUUUUACUUCCUCUCUACAGUUUGAGGAUAUCGCCAUUGCUCUGUAACUGCAGAUUCUGUUAUAGAGAACUCUUCUUGUGUGUCUCAGAUUCAUGAUUUCAGAACCAUUCAUGUGUUUUUCCUCCACUUUUUGAUAGACCCAUUUCUUUGUUUUUCCUCUCCAUUUUUAUAUCUGUGAGAGAGAGAGAGAGAGAGAGAGAGAGAGAGAGAGAGAGAUGAAGUUUUUGUGGAUAUGUGUGUUUUUUGGGUUUGUUAUGAGGAGAUGUGUUGAUGGUUUUGUUACAUUUGAAGAGUUGAACGUGAGUGAGAUUCUAUCAGCGUUCGCCUUGCGGGAGGCUGCCAACAGGCCCGUGAUGGUGAGCCUGUCUUUUAUUAAAGGAGCUGAUGCAAAAGGAGCUGUCUGUUUGGAUGGAUCAUUGCCCGGUUACCACUUUGAUAGGGGGUUUGGGACAGGAGUGAACAAUUGGCUUGUUCAUUUGGAGGGAGGAGGUUGGUGUAAUGACAUUAAAAGUUGUGUUGGUCGCAAGAAGAAUCAUCUUGGUUCUUCAAAUUACAUGGAGAGGGUGUUACGAUUUACUGGAAUUUUGAGCAAUAAAGCUGAAGAAAAUCCCGAUUUUUACAAUUGGAAUAGAGUCAAGAUUCGCUACUGUGAUGGUGCAUCCUUCAGUGGCGAAGGUGAAAAUAAGAAAGCAAACCUUUUUUUCCGUGGACAACGCAUUUGGUUAGCUGCCAUGAAGGAACUAAUGUCAUUGGGAAUGCGUUUUGCCAACCAGGCUCUUCUUUCUGGGUGCUCUGCAGGGGGUUUGGCAUCAAUUUUUCAUUGUGACAAUUUCCGGGAAUUAUUCCCAGCAACUACUAAAGUCAAGUGCCUUAGCGAUGGCGGAUUAUUCCUUGAUGCGAUUGACGUAUCUGGCAAACGCAGCCUAAGAUCUAUUUAUCAUAGGGUCGUUAACUUACAGGGGGUGGAAAAGAACUUGCCAGAAUUUUGUACUCGCCGCUUGAGUCCUAGUUUGUGCUUCUUCCCACAGAAUUUGUUGAGCCACAUUAAGACCCCACUUUUUAUUUUGAAUGCGGCAUAUGACGCAUGGCAGGUUCAGGCUAGUUUAGCACCACUAUCAGCUGACCCUCAUGGUGUUUGGAGUGCAUGUAAAUUAGACCACGCAAAGUGCAAUGCAGCCCAACUCGCGAUUCUUGAAGGCUUCAGGAAACAAAUUCUCAAAUACGUCAGAGUCUUUUCAAAAUCCAAAAAAAAUGGUUUAUUCAUAAAUUCAUGUUUCUCGCACUGCCAGUCAGAGAGGCAGGACACAUGGUUCUCAAAGAAUUCUCCUCAAAUUGGAAACAAGGGGAUUGCCCAGUCUGUUGCGGACUGGUACUUCGACCGAUCUCGAGUUAAGGAGACCGACUGUCCAUACCCUUGUGACAAAACCUGUCACAAUCUAGUCUUCAAGAGACUAAUAAGUCAGUAGAGAUCUCUUACAAAGCUGCUGAAACAAAUAAGGUUUGCGGAGAAGGCGGAUGAAAACCCAGAAAGCUCCUUGCUUGCUAGUGCAACCAAAACAUGCAAUGUACAUGUCGAUUCAACAACCAACCUCAUAAAUGCCUACAGAAAUCUGUGUUAGUUGCUAUUUUGUUUGUAAUAGAGAUGCAAAUUGGAAACUUCAUGAAUUUUUCUAAAAUUCAGUUUUGAUUGAAUUCCUGCUUAUGAAUUACACCAAUUGCUUGU